CUCGCACCUGUUGUGUGGCGUCAAAAUGGCGACCAAUGUUUCCAAGGAUGAGGAGAGAGAAAGGGCUAUCACAUCAUGGAGAAACAAGACGGAGGCUGCAAAGAAAGGGGAAAUACUUAGAGAGAUACAUAAACUCAAAGUUCAGAUUCAGGCUAUGGAGAGGGAGAAAUGUACACACUUGUACAGCAAACGUAGUGAUUUCAGGCAUGACUACUGCCAGCUGGAGGAAAUAGAAAAUAAAGCUACUGGGGAAAGAAAAUCAGAACAAAUAAAGUUGAAACAGCAACUUGAGAAGAUAAGUCACAUGGUGAAAAGGUUCCAUAAAGAACUGAGAGAUGUCAAACCAACACCAGAAUUUGUAGAGAGACUAAAGGUGAUCAUGGAAGAAAUAGAAGGAACAAUCAAUGCAUUUAAAGAACAACAAAGAAAACAAUAUGAAUCUAUGUUGUUAGAGGAGAGGACAUCUUGGCUGGAGAUUCAAGCCUUGGAAAAAAAGUUUGAUUCUUGGUCCCAGAUUGGCAACGACAGUUCUCUAAGCAAGAGAAAUACCAGCGCUAGUAAACCACUGGCUAGUGCUAGAGAUAUAACCAAGGAUCUACCUCCCGAAGUAGCAGCCUUUGAGAAAUUUGUGGAGCAGAAUGGCGGGGUACGUGGUGGCUGGGAUGAAUACGAUCAUCAAACCUUUUUGAAAUUUAGACAGCGGUACCAGGGCAAGCCUGUUUUCUUACAACAUUUGUUACCGGCUUUACCAACCCGUACAGAAGAGGAGAUAAAUGCCCAUGAAGAAUGGUACCAGGAGUACUUGUUCCUGAAUGAAACGAAGAAAGAAGCAAUAAAAAAAUGGAGGGAACGAAAGGAGGAAGAGAAAGAAGAAUUGCUUGCUAAAGCUGGAGAAGAAACCGAAGAAAAACCAGAUGAGAAACAGGAGAGAUUAAAGGCUCAGAUAGAACAAGAGAGAAUGGAGAGAAAAUCUAAACUGAAUGCAUAUAAAGUGCAAAAGGAGCUAGAGAGGGCACAGAAGGAAGAGAAGAAAUUGCGAGAACAGUUAGAGACACAUAAGAAACAACAAGAAUGGAAAAAAAGACAGGAAGAGAUGAAAGCAAAGGUCAUGGAUCAUAAAAGACAGAGGGAAGAAGAAGAAUCUUAUCUUGAGAUGCAGAGAAAACUGUGGGAAGAAGAAGAAAAGGAAAGACAAAAACAAAUAUCUGCAAGAGAAAUUGCUAAAUUCAGACAACGGGAUGAGAGUGUAUUGCAUCAAAAGAUGGCAAAAGAGAAAGAGAAGGCAGAAGCUGCCAAGGAAAAAGAACGCAGAUUGGCAAUGUUGAAAAGUCAGGUAGAAGUUGAGGUAGAAAGAGAUCCUAACAGAUUGUUGAAACCUACAGCUGGAUGGAAGAAUCGAAGGAAAGAUAGAAGCACUGCAGGUGGACAGGUCCUUCCUAAUAUGAUGCCUCAUAGGGCUGUUCCAGCUUGGCGACAAGGUCCGUGAAGGUCUUAGCACCUUUGACUGAUGUAAGCCUGGCAGAUGUUGAAUAAAGCAAUAAAGGGCUUGUGUCUGGAUAAUAGCUGGUAGCUCAAAAAACUGGUAUGAUGUUGCUCUCAUAGAACAUGUGUACCUGGUUCUUAUUGGUAAAAUAUACUAAUGAAAAACAUUGCCAAUAUAGUCCAAGGAGUUAGUAUGAUGCUCUUCCUGCGUUGCACAAGUACCUAGCUUCUUUUUUUGAUGAAAUCUGUGUGAGAAUCUUUGCCAGUGUAAAGAAAUAAAAGGAGCUAAAAAUAGAAUUAAGUAUUGUAACAUUGUACUACUAAAAAAACCGAAAUUAAAAGCUGUUUAGAAAAAUUUCAUAAA